AUGUUCAGGUUAUCCUUCGUUCCCCGAGGGGAACAGCCUGGAGGAUCAGAUGACAGAAGACAGCGCCUCGGAGGGACGACGGGCCACGUGACCACACGAGGUUGCGCACAGAUCGCGGGGCCUCGGAGGAAAGAUGGGCCUGCUCCUCGGAGGAGGACCAGGAGGAGGAGGAAAGGGAAAGGGAGAAAAGGAACGACUACACUGACAACAGCGGAGGAGGAGGAGGAGGUGGCCCCCCGCAAGCUGCAAAUCAUGCGCCGCUGUCCAAGGAUUGGCUACAGUGACCGUGGGCCGUACCACGCCGUGCGUGCCGUUGCGUGCCAUGCGCCCAAGCGGUGGCACGUGCAUCUGUACAAGUCGCGGCCUGCAGCGACACACGGAUGGACGGAUCUCAUCUGA